AUGAUGUCCUGGCAGGAGAAGCGUGAGGGCCCCCAACCAUGUCUUAUCCAUCGACUGGAUCACCUGGUGCUGACUGUGAAGAGCAUUGAGGACACCGUAGGCUUUUAUUCCAAAGUCCUGGGUAUGGAAGUGGUCACUUUCAAGAGUGAGGACUGUAGGAACUGUCAGCCCAUGGCCCAUCUGACUGAGUGUCCUGUCUCUGACAUAAGUCAGUGGCAGCUGAAUCAGAGGCAGGUACAGAAGACCCUACAGCAGGAAAUAAUGGAAGAACCUGCCUCUAGAGCAGAGGGCAACCGGAAAGCGCUACGUUUCGGGAACCAAAAGUUUAACCUCCACGAGGCUGGGAAGGAGCUUGAACCCAAGGCUCGCAGACCAGUUCCUGGUUCCAUAGACGUCUGCCUGAUCACAGACACCUCGCUAGACCAGCUAGUGGGACACCUGAAGGCCUGUGGUGUGACUAUUGAAGAAGGCCCAGUGCCCAGAACCGGUGCCAUUGGUCCAAUCACAUCCAUCUACUUCCGAGACCCCGAUGAAAACCUGAUUGAGGUUUCCAACUACAGCACUGAUUUGGCUGUCGACAGAGUGAAGCAUUAG